AUGAGAACGCGAGUCGACUCUCCUAUAGAGGGUAAAACGACUGUUACACCCCUGGACAUUGGGUCAACAGUAGCUGGCAUGGAGAUUCCCUUCUCCAUAAGCCCAACGAUGGGCAACAUCUCUAUGAUGGACUUUCCCAUGAUACAGGAUGCCAGAUACCUAUCUUCGCCAAGCCAGGACUCAUUGUUUGUGCCUAAAGCACAGCCAACAUCUCGGCUCUCUGGACCUGGGUUUACUUCCGCACCACACAACAGUCGUGUUCAGAAAACGUCGAAGAUGAUUCGUUCUCGGCACAAUGCACCGGGGAUACAAGAUGCUCUCUCCACUAUCAAGGCCGCUCCUGGCGCGUCUGGAAGUAACCAUGUCAAGAUUCAAAAGUCCUCACAGGGUUCUUCUUUAUCCAAUGCACCCCAGACUAAGGUUGAGCAGCAAGCGCUAGAGCUCAAGAGGAAGUCUGAACAGCGCUUGCAUUCACCGGAGCCUGUGGAUAUUGAGAGUCGCAUACUAGAGUUUCUGCAAAAAGCCAAUCGCGACGAUAGAUCCAGGAGGCCGUCCAAGUCUGAGAAGAAUGAUGCAUUGUUAAAGAUGAUGGCUGAGCUUGUUAACAAAGGCCCAAGAACCCCCGACACAGAACAGCGUCGCUCCAGCAAGAGCUCUUCAAACAAUGACAAGACAUGUCCGAUGUCUGGCUGCGAAUUUGCGGUCGCUCGUGAUUGCGAUCUGCGUAAGCACAUCAAGCGACACAACAGGCCUUAUGGAUGCACAUAUCCCAAGUGCCACAAACGCUUUGGCGCAAAGUCAGAUUGGAAGCGCCACGAGAACAGUCAGCAUUUCCAGCAGGAAGCCUUCCGCUGCGGCGAAGAACUUCAGACAGGCCAGGUCUGUGGUGUGCAUCUAUACCGCGAAGGAGCAUUCAAGAACCACCUAGAGAGGGAGCAUAAGAUGGCGUGUGAAGUUGCUCAAGAGCGUGUCAACCUCCGCAGGAUUGGCAAGAACUGCCAAGGCACCUUCUGGUGUGGCCUGUGCAAAGAUAUAGUGCGACUCAAAGAGCGACGCAAUGCAGCUUGGGAUGAGCGGUUUGAUCACAUCGCGCGUCACUUCGAGAAGGAGAGGAGAAAUAUCGAUGACUGGAUCUGUGCUGAAGAGAACCGACCGAAGAAAGAGCUGCUAGAAGAGAAGAAAAAACGAGACUACUUUGACGAUGAGGACGAGAGGGAAAAGGACGGCGAUGUGGAUGCUACCGGAGACGUGGAUGACGAUGUUCCACAGCCGCGACAGCCGCAUCCUCCUCCUCCAAACGACAUGCCCAGUAUGCUGAUGUCAAGCUAUGCAUCGAUGCGACCCUCGCCACUUGCAGGUGAUAUCGCGCUAGGAACUGCAGUAAAACGACAACGUUCAGAAGAUUCGGUAUAUGACGAACGACACCCAAAGCGAAGACAAACGACCACGGUAAUGAAUCGCUAUUGUGUAAGUUAUCUGUUUCAGCUGUUUGUAACAGUGCUAACAAGCACAGUGCGCAUGUCAGAACCCUUGCGGUGUUGUAGAUGUUGCUUGCGCCGACUGCUCACAUCGCGUAUGCGCCAAUUGCAGUGUUGA